UAUCUCGCCCACAUCACGUGAACGCCCUUCUGACGAGAACGAAGAGUUCAUUCUGUUGCUUGAUAUUUGACAUUUUAACAUUUCCAGUAAAAGAACUACAAAAUUAUUCAAACAACUUUUUCUCGGAGGAUCCAGUCAUCAAUUACAUAUAUCAGAGGACACUGCCUAAGGACUAAAGACAGCAGUAACGAGUUUCUCAAGGACAAUAUUCAACCCAGAGCUAUUGGCUCCAGAAACAGUGAACUUACAGUCGGAGAAAACUAAGAAUCCUUUGGUAAAAAACUCAGGCAGGAAGAAAACCAGGAAAUAAUGCCAGCUCCAACAGCAGAUGCAGCUGGACCAGCAGAAGGAGCUGGUCCACCUCGUACCGAACUCCAGGAAUUACAGCUAAAGGCUGAUCAGACAACUGAUGAAUCCUUGGAGAGUACUAGGCGUAUGUUGGCGCUAUGCGAGGAGAGCAAGGAGGCCGGCAUCCGCACUCUGGUCGCUCUCGACGACCAGGGAGAGCAAUUGGACCGAAUCGAGGAGGGGAUGGAUCAGAUAAAUGCAGACAUGCGAGAAGCAGAGAAGAAUCUCACGGGAAUGGAAAAAUGUUGUGGCAUUUGCGUGCUGCCUUGCAACAAGGGAGCAAGUUUCAAAGAGGAUGAAGGAACGUGGAAGGGCAAUGACGAUGGAAAAGUUGUCAAUAAUCAACCACAGCGGGUAAUGGAUGACCGUAACGGGCUUGGACCUCAGGGUGGCUACAUUGCAAAAAUUAAUAACGACGCACGUGAAAAUGAAAUGGAAGAUAAUAUGGGUCAAGUUUCAACGAUGAUUGGUAAUCUGAGAAAUAUGGCUAUUGAUAUGGGAAGUGAGCUUGAAAAUCAGAAUCGCCAAAUUGAUAGGAUUAAUCGAAAGGGUGAAUCUAAUGAAACCCGAAUACAAGUGGCGAACGAACGAGCACAUCAGCUACUUAAAUAAGCUGACUUAGAAGAAAAUAAAUAAUUAUAAUAUUUCCGGCAUAUAUAAAAUUUAUUUUAUUCCUCAAUCCCGCCUUUUGCUAAAUUAAUCUGUGCGAAUAAAUUGGAUUUAUUCAAAGCGCUCUCUGCAUCAUCAAUCAUAUCCUCAAUGUGCAAUUCGAGAUUGUUAAUUAGCUUAGAAGUAUCCAGAAACAAAAAUUCAUAUUUAUAAUUAGAUAUUUUUGUCUUAAUAAUUACUCAGUAGCUAGACUAAAAAAUCUUUAAUAAUUCCAGUAUUACUUUACUUAAUUAAACUGUAAACUUAAAAAAAAAAAAAAAAUGGAAUAAUAUCCAAACGAAUUAUCGAUAAUAUGUAUUUAAUACAAUUAAAUAUUUUUUAAAUCUCGAUUGCAUUUAUUGUAAAACAAAUUUAUCGCCAAUAGUAUUGCGAUAUAUGUUGUGAUUAUUAUUGAAAACUUAGAUUUUUGUCAAACAAAUACGAUUAAUUUCUUAAUUAAUAUUAUAUAUAAAUUUGCAAAUAAUGCAGUUGCUUACUUGUAAUACGUAUAGUGAAUAAUUGAUUAAAAUCUGCACAAAUUAAAUUUUUGGAUGUUGCGCACGGCUGAUUGAUUAUUACUGGAGGGAAUGUGAGGGAAUGUUGUUUCGAUAACAAAUUUUGUUAUCUCAUGUAUAGAAUGGUCGAUUGAUCAUUAAAUUAAAAAAAAAAUACAUCAUAUACUUAUGUUGUUAAUCAUAAAUGUUGUUAAACAAACAAUUGUUAUUUUUCACUUUCAUUAUUAUAAUUAUAAAGUGAUUUUUUUCCAUUUUCAAACAUGUAUACAUACACCUCACAAUACAAAGUAAAUCAUUUUAAAAUUGCGAUGCAUAUUUCAUAAAAAACAAAUAAUAUUUUUCGUGAUGAAAAUUGAUUGCAAUAAUUAUUAACUAAAAAAAUUAAUAUAUUAUAAACAAUAUAGGAUUAAAAAAAAAUAAAAGAUAAAAGAUAGGCAAAUUGAAUAAACGGCGCUACCGUAGAGAUUCACGUAUUUUAUCUUCCUCGAGUAAUGAAGCAUCCGCUCUUUUUUUGCGUACUGAUCAAUAAAGCAAUCUAAUUAAUUAAUAUUAAUAAUUUAUUGAUAAUAAAAUAGUUAAUUGAAAGUAAAAAAAUUAAUUAAGUGGAAAAAAAACAUUAUAUAGAAUUAUCAGAUGUCUUAAUCAAUGAAUUGUAAGAUUAUUUGCUUUGACAGAAACAUAUCGAUUGCGGUACUGUAUAUUGUGACGAUAAACUCGAUUUUGUACAACACGUGAAUGUCUACGAUUUAUCAGGUGUACUUAAAAAAAAAAAAUUAAUAUAUGUAUUAUACAUAUACAAUAUAUAUUUAUAUUAAUAUACAAAUUCCAUGCAUUCCAGUAGAUUUCGUUUUUAUUAAAACAAAACAGAUUGUGAAUAAUUGUAGAUAUUGAACAAAAAAAAUUAAUUAAUCAGAUUAAAAUUUAAUUGAUUUCGUAGCGACGUAGACAAAUAAAUUGAUAAUAAAUUAAAAUAAAUAAAGAAUUAAAGGGUGUUAAGAGAGAGGGGUUUGUUCCACUGGAUGCGGGCAAAUAUGAACUAAAGUGCUGAGCACGGUUCUUAAAAAUAAAAAUAAAAAAUUAAUUUUGAUUAAUAGUCUUAUUUAUAGACUAUACAAAUAUAUAUAUUGUAACCUGAAUUUUUUCUCUGAUCUUACGUAAAAUGUAUAAUAAUAAUAAUAAUAAUAUUAAUAAUAAUAACAAGAGUAACACAAUGAAUCAAGAUUAAAAAAAAUUAUGAAAUAAAUAAAGAAUGAACUACAAAUGCCUAUGUACUCUAAACCUUUAAAAAAAAUGAAAAUAAACUGCUAUAACAAUUA